AUGCGUGUACGAUCGAUCGUUGGGUUAUCUACCGUUGCAAUUCUUUGCUACCCUGAGCUUGUCCGCGUGGUAGCGACAUCGUCCAUUUCUGGUGAGCGUCGUGAAAGUACACAUUUGAGAAGGGGCGUUCAAUCAGCAACGGAUCAAGUCCAAUCUCUUUCCGAAGAACGAAUGCAGAUAAAAGGAGGUCCUAUAGCACAUGCUUUGGUGGACAUCGAAAUGAUUGCAAGGUGGUCAAAGACAUAUCGGAAGGCACAGGGAUUCAAUGCGAAGGGCUGGUUUAAAUCAUUUGAAGCUACGAAGCUUAAGCAACUCGAGAUUUUGGGAAAAGAAAAGUACUUUGCCGUGAUGGAGAUGGAGAGACUUCGCCUAGGCGAGAUGUACUCUGAUCUCAAGGAGCUCGUCGUACCCGAGAGUAAGCUUUACCGGUCGGGCUUUGGCGGAAAGCAGGACUUGGAUGAUAAACAGGUCUUAAUUGACAAGCAGGUCUUGGAUGACAGGCAGAUCCUGGUUGAGAAUCUAGCUUCGUCUAUCAACAAGGUUGUGAGUGAUCUUAAGAUGUUGGCUGCCAAGCAGGUCAUGAUUGAGAAGAUAGUGGUCGAUAUCAAUAAGUUUAUUGAUGACAAGGUCUUGUCUAACAAGCAAGGCUUGGUCCAGAUGUUACGCGAUACUAUCAAGAAUACCUUGGAUACAAAGCAAGUCUUUGAUGACAAACAAAUCUUUGAUGACCAAAGAGGCUUGAUUGAGCAGCUCGUUUUGUCUAUUAAGACGGUUUUGGAUGUCGAUCGCUUUUUUGACAACAAGCAACUUUUGGUUCAGCAGCUAAUCUUGGCUAUCAAGAAGGUCUUAGCUGACAAGCAGGUCUUGGCUGGCAGGCAGGUCUUUACUGACAAGCAGGCCUUGAGUAACGAGCAGGGUUUGGUUCAAAAGCUAAUCUCAACCUUCAAGCAAGUCUUUACUGAUAGGAAGGUCUUGAACGACAAGCAGGUGUUGGCUGAGAGGCAGGCCCUAGUUGAGGAGCUACUCGUGGAUGCUAAACAAGAUAGUAAGAUAGAUGCAUUAAGUAUCUAA